CCCGCCCCGUUAAGCCCCGCCCACCCCCGCUCAGAGCGGCGGCACCGAGAGCCCGAGCGGCGGCACCGGCACCGGCACCGGCACCGGCAGCGCCCGCGGCCGCCAUGGCCGAGUACCGCAGUCUGCUGGAGGAGCUGGCCCAGAACAUCACAGCCGAGGACCUGGAGCAGCUCAAGUCCGCGUGUCGCGAGGACAUCCCCAGCGGGGAGGGGGACGCCAUCGCCACCGGCCACCACUGGUUCGCCUUCCUGGAGCGCCACAGCAAGCUGGACCGAGACAACCUGUCCUACAUCGAGCACAUCUUCGAGAUCUCGCGCCGGCCGGACCUGCUCACCAAGGUGGUGCAGUACCGCACGCAGGUGCUCAAGAUCUCCGAGGAGGACGAGGUGGACACCAAGCUCACGCGCAUCCCCAGCGCCAAGAAGUACAAGGACAUCAUCCGGCAGCCCUCGGAGGAGGAGAUCAUCAAACUGGCCCCCCCCCCGGAAAAGGCCUGAGCAGCUCCAGGAGCCCCCCCCAGAGCCCCCUCCCCACUUUUCACCCCUGGGGGAGGGAGGGGCUUAAACCCCCCCCCAAAAAAUGGGGGAGGG